CAAUCCCCAAAAAGAGAGUACCGGUAAUCAGUCGUGUAUUCCCUGGAUUUGCUUCAAGGUCAUCGACCGAUCGAGAGCAUCACUCGAUCGUCUUUACAGUCGUUAGUCUACUCGAUCAUCGUGCUCUCUUCAGUGCCCUACUACGAACAUGGAUGCACAAGAAACCACUCCCCUGGCAGCAACAGGAGCUGCCAAGAGUGCCAAAGUAGAAGAAUCCGACUGGAUUAAGGGUCUUUGUGUUGGCGGCCAUAGAACGAGAUCUUUUUGGGUAGCUUUGGUACUACUAGUACUUGUUCUGGCUAUUACUGGUACCACUACUUUGCUAGGUGUUCUCCCGUGGAAAGUCUUUGGUUUGGUCAAGGAUGUUGAUUGGCUACCCAAUGUGAUUGUGGAAAACUAUUCGUUGCCCAUCAGCUUUCAACAAGAAGGCAGCAGUCCAAGGGAUGCGGCCACCAUCCAGCACCUGUUUGAUGUGGGCUUGAUGGAAUGCUAUGGAUUUGCCUUUCCAGAAGCUCAGAGCACUGCUCGAAAAGCCCUGAAAUACGCCAAGGAUCCCACGGCGUGUCCCAUGUGUCAUUGGUUAUUGGCCAUGGCGCAUGCUCCCUAUAUCAACCAUCCCACUCUGUCCAAAACCGACUACCAAAACGCACAAAACGCGGCCAAUGACGCCGUCCAAGCCAUGCUUGACACACAGCUUAGUUUAACCCGGAAAGAACAGGGACUGAUUCAAGCCAUUGCCACCCGCUUCACUUCCCAACAAAAUCAAACCGUGGGAUACCAGCUCUAUCGACGCGAAGUGGAACGCCUCUUUCAACAAUUCCCCAACGAUCCCGAUAUCAUGGCAUUUUUAGCCGAUGCCAUUAUGGUAUUGCACGCCAAUGCCACGGGAUAUUACUUUUACGAACCAAACGACGACAAUGGCACACCCAUUCCAGAUAUUUCCUAUGCCAUGCACGUAUUGUUGGAACGGUGCCUCGCCGCCCAUCAUCAUCAUCCACUGUGUCAACAUCUUUACAUUCACGUGACGGAACCCAGUGAUCAUGUCGCCCAAAAAGCCGAAACCACCGCGGAUCAAUUGGCCGCCGCGACGGCAUUUACACAAGCCCAACAUUUGCAACACAUGCCUUCCCAUACGUACUGGAGAAUCGGACGGUAUCACGAUGCCGUCCAGUCCAACAUUCACGCCCACGAAUCGGAUCAAGCGUAUAUCCAUCAUCAGCAUUGGCCGUACGGGCCGGCCCACGAUACGGCCUUUUUGAUAGAUGCGGCCAUUAUGAGUGGAGAACGACACGUGGCGUACGACUAUGCGGAAAAAUUGCGAGCGCAUUAUCAACAAUUCCCGGAUGCCCCUGAUUAUCCCGAUGCGCAACUCGGAUGGCAUUCCUGGAGCACCACACGCCUGCGAUGGGGAGAUGCCAAGGCCGUCUUGGAGGAACACGAUCCUCUGCCCCGCGACGACUGGCCGUAUGCCCAAAUCUUGGGGCACUAUAGCAAGGGUGUCGCGUAUUUGAUGACGACGACCAAAGACACGCAACGUGCCAGGCAACACUUGCACGAGCUUCAAACCAUUCUCGACAAUUAUCCACAAUCGGACUACUUUCGUCAGGCCAUGUUAGCCACCUGGACCUUGUCGUCGGCAUUGGAAUAUCAUCAAAAGCAGCAUGAUCCUGAACAAGCCCUGACACUGAUCCAAAUGGCUCGUCAGGAGCAGGAACAAUGGGCAUACACGGAACCCCCCGCCUGGCACAUGCCCAUUGCCCAAUGCGAGGCGGAUCUCUUGUUCCGCAUGGAGCGUGCCCAAGACGCGGCACGAGUCUUUCAACAGGAUUUGGAACGGAUUCCCGAGAAUCGCUUCAGUUUGUGGGGAUGGUACCUAGCUGCCGCCCAACAACAACACGAUGACACGAAACAGCUCGACGAGUUGAAACGACGAUUCGAUCAGGCAUCGCAGUGGGCGGACGACACAGUAAAGGAUCCCAUUGUGUGUCCACUGUAUUACUACGACGGGCUAUGAUCCAGGGAACCAGCUAACUAAAGUGUACGUGCAGGCAGACGUCUACUACUACUAGCUAGGGAGGUAUCACAUGAAAGCAAAUAUGUUUCCUGCUCUACAGUAUCCUCGUUUCAUGGACGACGAUUUUCGGCUGUUGGGUCAUUAGGGAUAGAUUUAGACCUGGUGCAUCUUUCUUGACGGGCGUUUGUGAUUGCCCAGCUCUAGCUAGUAGAUUGAAUUCGUCAUCUGCAAAUACAGUGUAGUAUCUCGUCAGCACUACCUGGCCCCCCUACCAAUACCGGUGGUAUUAUCACCGCUCUGCCUUCUGCCUGGCUUAGUCCCC